AUGGCAGCAGUCCUGCAGUUGUGCGUCGACGACCUCUGCUUGGUGUACCACAUCGCAGCGGCCACAAAAUGGACCAAGCGCCUGACCGAGAUGCUGCAGCAUGAGAAGUUGUUCACAUUUGCCGGUUUCAGCAUUGAAAGCGACAAAGAGAAGCUGAAGUUGUCCGGUAUGGAGAUCAACCCCAACAAGGUCAUUGACAUUCAGCGCAAGUGGAGAGUUCCAUACACCGGAAAAGAGUACGACUCCUUGACUGAUGUUGCAGCCAGCGUCAUCCACCCAUUCUACAAAGGCAUGAAGAAGAAGAUCAACACGCAGGAAGACUACAAACUAUGGGGGACCAGCCCGCUACCAGCCAACCUCAUCGAGUACGCAGGAGUAGAUGCGUACGCCACGUACAAGUCAUGGUUCAUAAUCGACUACAUCACAGAUGGUUCGGAAUAUGCGAAAGAGCGGGAGGCUGACCACUACUACGACCACCCCUAUUGCCCCUUUUAG